AUGAAGACAGCUAUUAUUACUGGUGGUACCAGAGGAAUUGGUUUAGGCAUUUCAAAAUGUAUGGCUCGAGAUGGAUAUAACUUAAUAUUAGGUUAUCAUACAAAUCAUAAUGCUGCUGAACGUACGCAAGAAAUUAUUGAAAAAGAAUUUGGUGUGAAAGUGAUAUGUUGUAGUGGUGAUAUAGCCCUUCCCAAGACGAUGGAAAAACUUUUCAUUGCCUUACACAGUCAUUUCAAUAAUGAACUCACUGCAUUUGUUCAUAAUGCUGGUCUCUGUGUUGGUAUCACUACUGAAUCAACUGAUCUACAACCAAAAUCAGACGAUGAUUUUGAAUCAUUUUAUGACUACUAUCAAAAAGUUUAUCCUCGUGCUUUCAAACGUGGCUUAGAAUUGGCUUUAAAAUGUAAAGGACUACGACAUGUCAUUGCUAUAUCUAGCCCUGGUUGUAAUAUAAAUCAAUGUCCACGUAUAGAUUAUGAAAUGCCAGGUCAAGCAAAAGCAAGUAUGGAGUUUUUAACUGAUGCUUGGGAAAAUAUUUUCGAAAAAAGUAAAACUCCACGUGAAAUUAUUGAAAAAGAUGUACAAAAUUCGCCAAUGGCACGUUGGGCUGAACCAUCGGAAAUUGGUGAAGUGGUUGCCUUUUUAUGUUCUUCUCGUGGAGAAUUCAUUACUGGAGUAGCAUUACCAGUAGAUGGAGGACUACAUCUUCAAGGAUAA